ACUGAUAUUUGCGUAUCAUCUUCGAUGUUGGACUAGCACUCGGAAGAAAAGUACUAGGAAACUUCUUGAGUAAGUCUAUUUAAACCUCUACGUUAUCGCAACUUCGAUCACUUAAAAUUUUUGUUUGUCCCCAAAGUAGUCCCCUCAUUGUUGAUCAACAAGACCUCAACAAUCAUGCAAAAAUCAAAAUCCAUCAGUCAGAUACAGGCCCCAACCUAUGGAAACCUGAUCACUAUUCUCAGCAUUGAUGGAGGAGGAAUUAAAGGAAUCAUUCCUGCAACUAUUCUUACAUUUCUAGAAUCAGAACUUCAGAAACUGGAUGGAGAAGAUGCGAGGCUUGCAGAUUACUUUGACGUGAUUGCCGGGACAAGCACUGGGGGUCUUGUGACUGCCAUGUUAACUGCACCAAACGAAGAAAAUCGGCCCCUCUUUGCUGCAAAGGACAUCAAGGACUUUUACAUGAAACAUUCCCCCAAGAUUUUCCCACAAUGCGGAGGACCAUUAGGCCAAGCGGCAAAGAUACUGCGAGCUAUAUCGGGGCCCCGGUAUGAUGGCAAGUACCUUCAUGAAUGGAUAUUAACAAAAGUUGAAUGA